AUGAGACGUCGUCGCCUCGCGCGCGCGUGCGCGCUGGCGGUCGCAUGCGCGCUGAUGGUUCGCUCGUCGCGCGCGGACGCGCCUCGAGCGCACGCGUUCGCCAUAGGAGGCGACGCGAACGACACCGCGCUGGCGCUGCCGAAAACCGUCGCGCGCGUGCGAUUCGUCGAGAUCGAGAUGAAGCUCAUGAGCGCCAGCGCAGAUUACGUCCUCGGUGUGUUUCCCGAAGACACGUCGUCGUAUUGCGAGGGCUCGAGCGUGAAAGCGUCGUGGCGACGGUUCGCGCGGGCGAUCGACGGCGCGGGACGACUGCGAGACGUCGUCGUGGCGGAGGCGACGCACGAAGGGACGGAUGUGUCGAGAAUCGCGGAGGUGAAGGCGCUCUCGAAACCAACGGAUCGACACGGGAUGCGCGCGAGAGCGAGGAAGGCGGGGUGCGGGUUCAUCGCGCUGGCGAUAAGUAACGAGAUGCACAUGUUCGAAGGGGACGCGACCGACGGCGCCGCGUUGGCGAAUUGGCUGGUGAAGUACGUUCCAGAGAAUCGAUUCGAGGAGGUGGAGGAGGUGCGCUCGAGACACGAAGUGUUAGAGUUUGUCGAACGUAAUGAGACGGUAGUGCGGGCGAUUUUAUUGGAGGAGGUGCCGUGGUUGAAAGUGUUGGCAAAAUCGUUCGACGGGAAGGUGGCGUACGCCAGGGCGUCGUCGCUCGUCGGAUCGAGGUACAUCAUGGGAUUGCCAUUUCACGAAGCAGGGGUCGCCGGGUUGUUAUUCGUGCCGAAGAUGGAAAGCAUAGAAGACGAUGAUCAUGCGAAACGAGUAGAGGUGAGAUUGAUUCGUCGACAAAACGAAACGCUUAACUAUUACGAAAUCGCCGAGACUUUGAUUGAGGCCGAGCGCGAACUCGGAUACGCAGCGAUGAUGGAAUCGACGAUCGAUGUCGUAUGCGCAAACGCCGUUUGGGAGCUCGCUGCGAACUCAAUUCAUCCCGAGUAUGCGCAAGCGGUGGAAGGUCAAGAAGAGCAAGCUUACGAGUUGAUGCCGCCGCCAAGCGCGUGGGAAUUCAUCAAAGCCGAUUUGCUCGAUUUGCUCGACGGUCACGGUAAGGGUGACAAAACUCUCGUCCCUGAGCAAUGGUUGUGCGGUCUCGCGGGACUCACCGCGGCUCAUCGUGAUAUGGCGAACGAAUACACCGAAGCCGCUGGCUCAUUAGAGGAGCUCGAAACGCUUCAAAAGGAAAACCUCGCGUUGAGACAACGCAACGCGAUGCUUGAGCGCGAAGUCGCGCAGUGUGACUCGUCAUCUCCAAAGGCACCGCGAGGAUCGGCGCGUUUGCCGAAAUCAAAACCCGCGGGUUGGACGUUCGAUGCCAAACAAAAGAAACCGCCGCAGCCUCCGAAACCAACACCACCAAUUCCCGAAGACAACGUUAUGGAAGACGCCAACGAAGAUGCUGACAAAGAAGAUGAAGACCUUUUGGGCGAAGAAGGCACGAGUGCGAAUCCGAGCGUUCGAGACGAACUUUAG